CGGCAGUGUUCAAGGUUGACCCUAAACAGCUCCGUGUUUACAAGUUACGUUCUCGUAUUCCAUAAUCGGGCAGCUGCAACACCUGUGAUCUCUGAUGACCGACAAAAUAGAGAUCGUGAAUAAGGACCCUGCCCUCUCGAACCGACAGCCAGGGACUUCGACGCAGCAAUGCCUCGUCCAUUUAAGUGGCUUCCGCAGAUGCAGCCUGUAUUCCGAACGAGGUGUGCGUCGUCCGAGAAAAGCGCGCACCCCUCAGACUUGAAGCAUACUCAAUCUACUCUCGGCGUUCUUCGCCCGUCGGAGAUCUGAUCCUCGCGCUCCUCGCCUUCUGAGUGUUAACGAACUCUCCGGAAGACGCUGCAAAAGCUGAGACAGACACAGCACACAAAAAACAACGGCGGCCGUCCCAAAGAAUGGAGAAUGGCAACAAAGGAUGGCCUGGAUCGAGUGACGUUUUCACCAUUUCCAAGUUCGAGCCAGAGUCUCAAAGACGUACGUCGUCCGUGCAAAGUUGCUUGCCCGUGUCUGGAAGGGCUUCUUUGGGCGGCUAUGAUCACCGAGCUCCCAAGGCAAGCGACAUACGGUCAGCAGCGAAGGCCGACGGGGCAGGCGUCGACAAAUGCUGGUGGGUAGCUGUGUUGGCUUUCGUUAUGACCACGAUGGAGUCGUCGUCCAGCCGUUGCUCCGGCUUCCUCAUGGUGGGAAUCAUGGAGCAGAUGAACGUCGAACGGGGGCUCGCCUCCUGGCCUGUCAGUCUUAUCGGCUCUCUCAUCGAUUGCGGAGGCCUACUGUCUGGUCCUCUCAGCGAACUCUUUACUACAGUUCCCGUCCUGGUCGGAGGAUCUGUACUUGCGACGGCUGGCAUCAUAGCAUCGGCCUUCGCCCCGGAUAUCACGUGGCUCACGGUUACGCUGGGGGCUAUGCACGGUCUGGGCCUUGGGAUCGUGAUAACCAUGCUGCAGGUCCUAAUCAGCAUGUACUUCGAGCGAUACCGGGGUGCUGCCAACGGCAUCAUGUUCGCCGGCUCCACCGCCUCUGCGUUCAUCUUUCCCCAUCUAUUGCUCUUCUUUGGAAACACGUACGGCUUCCGCGGUAGCCUGCUCCUAUUUGGUGCCGUCCUCAUGAACAUGGUCGCUGUGAGUCUUGCCUUCCGAGAACCACCUUGGGUACGGCGAGAAAGAAUCAAGAACAGAGAGUGCGUGGAGGGAACACAGCGGUCAUCGCUCUCCGCUCCGCAGGCGGACAACCGGACAAAAGUGCCUGCCGUCGAGGCCCUGCUGCGAAACAUUCGCGCAGUGCUCAAGUGCGCCAUGAUUUACGUUCUUGUGAUCACGUGGUUAGUGUUCUGUUACAACUACGACAUCUUCUUCUCCACGAUAGUGGACUUCGGCAUGGACAAGGGGGUGUCACUGGAGGACGCCGUGUCGUUCAUCACGUACACGUCCAUCACGGAUCUUGUGGGUAGGGUUAUGUUGCCCAUUCUGACUGAUCGCGGCUUCAUGGAGCGGUCCACGUUAAUGACUGUGGACUAUUUGCUCCUGGGCUUGUGUGCUGUGUCACUGCCAUUCUGCGAGUCCUACUGGACGCUGCUGACGGCCUGUCUCGGUGUUGCCCUAUUUUUGGGCUGCGCCAUUACCAUGCAGAGUGUUCUGAUGGCCCAGUAUUUGGGACUCGAAAAACUUGCCGUAGGCUACACUGUCCUCGGCGCAUUCUGCGGGCCAGCGCUCUUAGGGAAGGCCCCUUUCGUGGGGUUUUUCAGAGAUGACCUUGGUUCAUACAACGAGAUGUUCUGGGUCCUUGGAAGCUUCAGCAUCUUCGUCUCCAUGAUAUGGGUAAUAGUGUACUUAGUCGACAAGAAGAGAGCUCGUAAGUGGCAGCCCGACAUUACGGACAUGUGCUCUGGACCGAAAACAUGACAAAAUAAAAUUAUAUGUAUAUAUGUAAA